UUCUCUUUUUCUCCUCUAGUGCUAUUUUUGCUGCUCCGGUCGGGGUGACUAACCCCUGCCUUUUGCUACUUCACCAUGUCUGUCAGAAAGAAUUCCGUUGCCUCUGUGGCCCCUAGUGAAGCCCCCCAAGUAGAUCAGGGUUCCCCUGCGCAGGAUAGGAGGUCCGAGGUGAUCCACCCGGACGACCAUGAGGUGGCACUGCAAAGAUCCAUAUCUAAUGCCAUUAUAACCGCCAUGGGUUCGAUGUCAUCUGCAUUGACCCAGUCUAUAUCUCAGGCCCUUAUGGCGCGCCCUGCUACUACUACCCAGGUUUUGGUCCCACCUCCAGGACCACCUCCUAUUGUCUCCAGAACACCUCAGAUUGAUGGGCCAUCCCCAUCCCAAGACAACGCGCUUCAGUCGCGUAAACGAGCUUGUACCCGCCAGGCAGAAAAAACGCGGGCAUGGAAGACUGCCAGGUCUCUACCUGAGCCUAGGUCAGACUCUGAUAGGGAGUCAGAGGAGGAGACUCAUGACAACGUCUAUGAAUUGACGGAUGAGGUGGAGGACGAUUUGGCGGAUAUUGCUGUGGAUCCGGUUCGUAAUCUAGACCCGGAAGCCCCGUUACUACAACAGGGAUCAGCAGAGGAUCUCUUAUUGGAUCCGUCUGGGGAACCGCUGUUUAACCCCGAGGAGCUGCAUCAUCCCCGCUCCGCGGAAUGGAUGCCCGCCACACAUGUGGCGCAGUAUAUGGAGGCUCGCAUACGCAAUCCGCUUAGUAAGGAAUCGCGUAAUAAGUUGCGGGCGGAGUGCCCUCGUCCUUUAAUACCACACAAAGUGUGCGAGACGCCAUCAGUGGAUCCAAAGAUGGUCCAGUUUCUGGCGAAGACGGGGUUUAACCCCCGUAAAGGGCUAGACGCGGCCUUGAAGGCUGUCCAAGACAAGCUACUGGACAUUACAGGUCCUUUAGCAAAGAUUUUCGAUUUGGCUGAGUCCGCUAUCGCGGCAGGUAGCCAGGUAGACCCUAUAGAAUUGAGAGGUUGGGCCCAGCGAGCCAUAUGCGUAGUGGGAAAUACCAAUACCUCGCUCGCCAUUGAAAGGCGGAAGGCAAUACUAAUUAAGAUCGAGCCAAAGCUCUCGAACUUGGCAUUGACUGAAGCGGGCAAGGACGCCCAGGGGUUGCUCUUUGGCGACUCUUUUAUUAAAGAGCUAGGGAAAUAUGUAGGAGCUUUUACGGCUCUUGAUAAAGCCCAGACUUCGAUGCGUCGAGUCUUUCAAGGGCGUUUUUCCAACAGGGCCGGCAGUGCUAGGGGCCGACUGUCCGGCCGUUCCAACUUUCAUGCCAGAGGUUCCGGCAGAGGCUCCUUUAAUUAUAGAGCAUCCCUCCAGGAUCAGAGACAUCAGCCGUCCUUUUUUCCCUCACGAGGCGCUCCCUUCAGGUCACGAGGUUUCCGAGGGAAUCCAGGCUCCCGUCGACCAUUCGGUAAGUUAUGUUCUUCGUCCCCCUCCUUUUUUAGACCAUUUAGUCGGGGGCAGACUCCGAUUCUUUUCUCAUGUGUGGUCAGGCAUAACCUCAGACCAAUGGGUCCUUUCUACUGUGCAGGGGUUCACAAUAGAUCUGAUUGCCGAUCCGAGCUCCAUCCCAGCCCCCCCUACGGUACCACUGUCCUAUGCGGCACGGUCCCAAUUUCAGAGGGAAUUGUCGGAUCUUCUGCAGAAAGGCGCGAUCGAACGCGCACCGGAGAAUCGUGGGGGUGUCAUCAGCAGUAUUUUCCUGGUGCAAAAGAACAAUUUUGUACAAUACCGACAUUUCAAGAUGGAGGGCAUCCAUCUUUUGAGGGAUCUGCUCCUUCCAGGCGAUUGGUUGGCCAAGAUAGAUCUCCAAGACGCCUAUCUCACGGUCCCAGUGUCCCCCUCUUCAAGAGACCUGCUGCGGUUCCUGUGGAACGGUCAGGCCUGGCGCUUCACCUGCCUUCCGUUCGGCCUGUCCUCCGCCCCCUGGUGCUUUACCAAGAUCAUGCGCCCAGUGGUGGCUUGGCUUCGCAGCAGAGGUGUUCGUCUGAUCGUCUACCUGGACGAUAUCUUGAUCAUGGCCCAAUCACGGGCUCUCUUGUUGAGACACCUCCACUUGACGAGUUCUCGGGUUUCCAGGUGAACUCGGAAGAAUUAUCCCUCAGUCUUCCACUCUCGAAAGUCAAGGCUAUCCGCAAGGAGUAG